AUGCUGGUAGCAAGAAGACCAAGUAUCUCAAAUAAACUGUAUGACAACAGGUAAAAUAACUUAUUUUGGCGCGAAUAAAUGACACAUUUCUGAGCAAACUAUAGGUGAGAAAUAUAGACUAACAUUAACAGAACGGAACAAACUGUUAACUGACAUGUGUCCACUUCUUCAGGGAUUUCAUAAAAUAUAAUUUAUUUAUUUAUUUAAAGCUAUUCAUGAAAUUAUUAUUUAUUCACAUUUAGUCCUACAUAAUAAAAUCCUGUUUAACUCAGGGGACCCGACCAGCAGUUUAUUUUUAUUUAACUAGCACAGCAUGUAGUUCAGGGAUUUCAUUUAUGACAGGCUGUGAGCAAAGGUUUACCUGAAUGACCUCAUGGACCCGCUGAUCUUUAGAAAUGACAUACAUAAGAGUGUCAGAGGCUAAGGAUUUGAUUGACUUACCAGUUGAUGUCCUGAGAACAUCUGAUGAGAAGCAGAGACCUGAAAGGAAAUGGACAUGAACAUGCAAGUGCCUCAUUCACAGUCCAGACUGAUUGGUCUCUGUAACAGACUGUGCAUCGGACGGCUUGGCAUUGCAAUGAAAGUGACAGUGUCAAUGACUGUGAUGGUAGUUAUAUACAUUGUUGGAUACAUCACAGGAUUCUACGUUUACCGAUGCUGAAGAGGACACUAUAUUGACAGAACUGACUAUUUAAGGAACUGGCUGUUAUUUGAAACAUGAAUUAUGUCCAUCAAAGGAGUACCAAAAUGUGUUUUAAAAUUUAUUAUUUUUUUUGA